GGGGACUCACGCCUGGGCUGCAGGGGCUGCUACACGCACAGACACUCUACGCCAGUUGGUGGGGCAACUCCUACUACGGCUGGGUUGGGCUGCACUGGGCUGGGCUGGGCUGUUCUGGGCUGGGCUAGGCUGGGCUGGGCUGGGCGGGCCGAGCUCACCAGCGAUCUGCUCCGCCAGGGGAAGCUGCCCUCUAACCAAGCCUCCGGAGCCAAGCAAGAUCUGCCAGUAAGCCUCCAGCCUUGAAAAUUGACCAGAGUGUCUGAAGACCCCAUCCAGCUCUCCAAUGGCCAGCAACAACACUGCCAGCAUAGCACAAGCCAGGAAGCUGGUAGAACAGCUGAAGAUGGAAGCCAACAUCGACAGGAUAAAGGUGUCCAAGGCAGCUGCGGACUUGAUGGCCUACUGUGAGGCACAUGCCAAGGAAGACCCUCUGCUGACCCCGGUCCCAGCUUCGGAAAACCCUUUUCGGGAGAAGAAAUUCUUCUGCGCCAUCCUUUAAGUCUCUGAGAGGAGGCUGAAGAGCAUCAGGGCUCCUGGGACAUUGACGUAGAAUUCCUUGCAAAGUGGGCACCUUUCUUGCCCACAGCAUUUAAAGAGAGGAAGGAAAACCAUCCUGGAUACUCUGGCUGUGCAUGUUUAAAGAACUGUCCCCUGAUGAGAAUGAAAGCUGAUUCCGCAUCCCAACUUUAGCGGUCUGACCCUACAGACCUGCCUGGAGGAGGGGAAUGUGUAAAAAACAAAAUCGAUGUCACUUCUUUUCUGCUACCCCUCUGCUUCAUACAAAAUAAACAUUAAAGCCAGUGUCCUGAGCUGAGAUAUGGCUGACCUUCUGGGAACGAGAAUUGUCUUUCAAGUACCCUCUGACAAACUGUCGUCCCAUGUAGCCACUGUUCAGUUUAAUGGCAUCCAUGUUUAGUCCUUUGUGCCUUUUUCUUUUCCUUCCCUUUCUCUACACCUGCCUGAGUACUGAGGAGAUAAGGCUGGAUUCCUGUGUUAAACUAAACUCCAAGGAUGAGUGACAGCUAGAUGUUUAGAAAGAUGUUCCCCAUGGUAUUUCCUUGCAAGAAUAACAAUUAAAAAUAAGAAAGAAAGAAAGAAAGAAAGAAAGAAAGAAAGAAAGAAAGAAAGAAAGAAAGAAAGAAAGAAAGAAAGCACACCACAAUGCCAGCUGUCUGUGUUCUCUUACCACUAUUCCUAAUAUUUGUAUAUGAUAGCUUUGAUUCUGCAAGUAGAAGUAAAUCAUGUGUUGUGACUGGUGCUUUCAUAUCUUUGUGAUAGAUUUUGAGUAAUAUUGCAUGAAAAUGUCCCUAUGUUACAUCCAUUCAGAAGUUUUGUUGUUUGGCUGGAAAGCUAAGAAGAAAAGUGAGAACGAAAAAGAUACCAGAGAGGAAAAAUAAAUCCUCUCUCUUUUGAAAAUUGAGAUCAUUUCAGCACCUUAGCCAUGCCUGAAAUACCUCUUUAUGAACUGGGGUGUAAGGACCUCUUGACAGAUUUCCCCCAAUCCACAGCAUUUGGAAUUACCCAGGAUCCAGGGCAGCACAGUUAUCCCACACUGGAGACUGAGCAGGGAUCCACCAUGACUUGAGAAGGCACUGUCAGAAUAUCAACACAUUUCCACUUUCCAGGAACUGUGGAAAGCAAAAGAAUAUUUUCCAUGUUCAUAACUAGACAACUAUUGCCCUCUUUAGCUUAAGCAUCAAAAGAAGAAAUAAACCCCCAGCUUCAAAGAAGGUGGCCACCCCAGAACGCCCAUUUGUUUGAGAGACAAGGUCUCUGAAUUGCACCCUAAGCACACCUGGCAGCUGGUUCUUCUUCCCACUGACAUGGUCCUCACUUUCCACUCCCCCCAAAUUUCAAAGCAUUCAUUGCUUUGUUCUCCACCCUGUUUGCCAGAGCUUCUCUGCCCUAUUUACAGCUUCCUUUGGCUAGUGCUCUCUUUUUCCCACAAUAAGACAUUGAGAGUGAUUUUUUUUUUUCCUUAUUGCAGUUGUAGCCUCCAUCAAUCACAGAAAGCCCUGGAAGCCUUUAUAUUUUCUGUAUUCUUCCCAGUCAAAGAGAGCCUCCUAUACAUCUUUUUUGUUUUCAAAUCCUAAAAGACCACUAAAUCCAAGUUAACUUUUUUUUUUCUCUUGCCAUUCUCUUCCUCAUGUUUUAAAAGUGGGGAUUACUUAGGGGGGGAAGAGAAGAUAAAAAGACUUCCUACAGCAAGGCCACAUUUUGAAAUAGAUUUGGUAAAUAUUUUUCUUAACUCUUUUCAGGUAAAGGAAUAAAUAUGCCUAAUUAAAGCACCUGGGGUGGGGGAGAAGAGGAUACAGGAACAUAUAUCAGUGCACAAAUGCAAUUCUGUAAACAGAAACUUCUGUUCUGGUCAGGUCUUGGGGGGUGGUACAGUCAGUGGGAUGCUCAUGAAGAGUAAGUGGUUAAACAAUCAAAUCACACAUUCAGAGUGAGCUGAAACAAACAGGUGUUCACAUGUCAACAGCUGUGGUUGGAGGCACUCUUUUCUGAUGAUGGGGGCAUCUCUAGAAGGAUUCCAGACUUCUGUGCAAAUUUAGAUCUCUGAAGCAAUUAAAGUGGAAUCACAGUCUUCAGGGUGCACCUUAUAUAGGUCCAGCAAUUAAAAAUUAAGGAUCUGCAAAUUGCUUGUGAGCUUGCUUACAGAAUAAGAAGACAGAACUCGCACUCCUCUUCCGCAUGGGAGUUUCAGGAGAAUUUCUUGUCUUUUUCACUAUUUCAUAUCCUUUAGUGUGGAGCUAUAAUUGGAAUCAGUUUGGGAUUAUUGUUUUUUGUUGUUGUUUUGUUUUUGUAUUAAAGGAGAAAAAAGGUUUUGCUUACUUGGGACUCCAAAGAGUUUAAUUCUUUUGGAAUAUCAACCAUCAUUUUCACCAGCAUACUUUUAUCUUAAGGUAACUAAUAGGAAAUUUCAGCUUAAUUAUUUAAGAUCCUCAUUUCUAUAUACCUGGAUAAUAAUUAAACUCUGCCAUGGAUUAAUAAAUAACAAAUGUCCGUUUUCAAUAUCAACUCGAAUUUAAAAUGUUUUUAAAUUUGAAAGCAAGUAAGAAAUAAUUUUAAUAAUCAGUUUUUAAGAAAAAUUAAAUAUCAACUUUUUCCCAUAUGUUUGUAUUCACAUAAUGAAUUUUGAGAGAACCAAGACAGUGGUCUUUAGGAGAUAUUUCUAUGCUUUUUCUUUUUCCUUAGUGUUUGUUUCUAGCUGCUCCUGGAAAUGAUGAAUUAUUAUGUGUAUAUUAUUGUCUCACAGCCCAACAAUUGUUCAGAUCUUUACACCUUUCCUGUAUAAGAUCUAUGGAAUGGGUCUUUAAAGAGAGUGGAACAGCAAAAAAAUGGGUGGGAAUUUGCUGUUAUGUUUUGGUGGGGUUUUGUUUUGUUUUUAGGUUUUCAAGACAGGGUUUCACUAUGUGGCCCUGACUGUCCUGAAACUUGUUCUGUAGAGCAGGCUGGCCUUGAAUUCUGAGAUCUGCCUGCCUCUGACUGGGAUUAAAGGCAUGAGUCUCCAUGCCCAGCUUACAAAUGUUAAAGCAGAAAAAACCUGAAUGUGAUGUGCAUUUCUUUAUCCCACAUGAACCGUGGUCUUUGUUUUAAUAAAUGGAAUUUUCAGAUUCA